AUGAAGAAGAUAAAGGGCCAGGAGAUCAACUGGGAUGAAGACAUGCUGGAGCGCAUUUCUGCUGUCAAGAAGAUUCAAAAGAAGAUCGCUUGCCAGACUGGUUUCGGCCACGAGGUUGGCAACAGCGAAGCUAAGCUGGCUGACGCUGUGCACCUCUCGGAACAGAACAUUGGCGUGACUAUUGACGCGGCUGUGAUCGAGGAGGAUGUGGUAAACUUGAACUUGAAGAAGAUGAAGACGGACAAGGCGUGCGUGCUUAACAUCAUCCACUUCAUGGACCAGGAAGAGGCCAAAGCAAUUCGCAGUACAGGUGCCUGGUCGCCACAGCACUCGUGGCUGUUUCGCGAACGGCGACGAGCAGCCGACACCAAAAGCCCACACUCCUUUGUCAAAGCCAGCCCGCACCACGUCGCCGAAGUCGGCACGCACCGCGUCGCCGAAGAUGGCCCGCACGAUAUCGCCGGCCCCGUCAAAGCAUGUAUCACCGUCCAAGUUUUCACCAACACCACGCCUUUCUCGGCACCGGCAUCUAAGCCGCGUCCUGCUCAGGCGACGCUUCGGUCAGAGGAGUUCUAG